AUGAAAAAAAUUUCGAAUAGAAAAAUUAUCAAAGAAAUUAUUUACAAUGAUUUAUUAAAAAUAAGAAUGUUGCGAUAUGUUAUUGUACCAAUAAUAUUUUUAACUAUAUUUUACACUGUUUUAGAGAUAAAAAUAAGUACAUUAGUAAAGAAUCUUAAUCAAUCUAUCGCAAAUCGAAAAGGUGAACACACAGCACUUGAAAGAUUUGUGUUACAGUCACUCUUAGUGGCUGUAUUGACCGAACUUAAUGGAUUUAUUUUUACAGGUGUAGUGCAAUAUAUUUAUAGAAAUACGGCAAAAUCUACAUUCAAAGGCUUCAUUUCUCUUUCACCUAAAAAUUUUAGUACCAUAGGUGGCGGAGAAAUUCAAACAAUAAUAGAUAGAAAAUCAAAAUCUGCAAGUGAACUUAUUGAAGUGUUUCUUACAAGCUUGCUUCCAAUAUGCCUUAAACUUUUAUUUGCCCUUAUUGCAGUUAUAAAAAAUAUGGGAGGUCUUGCGGGCUUCAUAAUGUUUGUUUGUGUUUCUUGCUAUGCGACUGUGACUAUAUUGAUAGCACAAUGGAGAUCUAAUAUUAGAAGAGAACUUAAUAACUCUGAAAAUAGAUCUAGUAAUAAACUACAAGAUGGAUUAAAUAAUCAUGAAACAAUCGUCUCCUUUGGGACUACAGAUCUUGAAGUAGAUGAAUAUGAUCAUUUUCUAAAAAUUAAUGCAUCUAAUAGUAACAGAUUAUGGAGAGCACUGUACAUUUUAAAUUUAUCUCAGAGAGCAAUUUUUCUCUUACAAAGUUUUUUUAUUAUUUAUGCAGGAAUAUCAGGAAUAUUAUCUCAAAAUAUGUCAUCUAACCAACUCAUUUAUUUAAUGUCCAUUACAUCUACGGUUACUAUUAAUUUAAGUAACUUGGGUUACUUAUACACUAGAUAUACACAAGCAAUAAUUAAUGCAAGAUCUACUUAUGAUACAAUGUUAGAUAUAAAAAAAGAGAAUAAUAAGUUUAAGAUUACAGAAUUUAAAGAAAGUAUUAAGUUUAAUAAUUUGUCAUUUGGUUAUGAAAGUAGACAAAUUUUUAAUAAAAUAAAUCUAGAAAUAUACAAAGGAGAAAAAGUAGCAAUUAUAGGUAAAAAUGGUAGUGGUAAAUCAACAUUACUAAAACUACUGCUUAAAUUUGAUGAAGAUUACAAAGGUAGCAUUUUAAUAGAUGACAUUGAUAUUAAAAAAAUCAAAGACGAAUUUUAUAGGAAUUUAUUAGGUUACAUACCACAGAAUACAUUUUUGUUUAAUGAAUCUGUAAAAUAUAAUAUUAAAUACGGAUCUUUUGGUAUUUCAGACGAGGAUAUUUUUGCAUUGUGUAAAGAGUUUGGAUUAUAUGACGUUUUCAUGAACCUCGAAAAUGGUUUUGAUACGAAUGUAGGAGAAAGAGGAAGGUUAUUAAGUGGUGGAGAAAAGCAAAAGAUUUUAUUAAUGCGUACUAUGUUAAGAAACAAGGAGAUAAUGGCAUUAGAUGAACCCACUGCAGCACUUGAUAAGGAGUCUGAAAAAAAGAUUUUAGAGAUAAUUUUACAACAGGAAGAUCGAACAGUUUUGAUGAUAAUUCAUAAUCUAGAACUUAUUAAUAAAUUUGAUAAAAUAAUUUACAUUGAUGAAAAUAAUAUAGAAGUCUAUAAAAAUGAUAUUGAAGGACAAAAAAAGUUUUCUACAAAUUUACAAUAUUUUUUAUCAUACAAAUUAGGUAAAUAA